AUGGUUAGAUACCCUUUGAAUUAUCAAAUGUUAAUUUUUGUUUUAUUCAACUUUUAUUAUCCAUUAAAAGUUUUAUCUAUAAAUUUUUACAACAACAACAACAACAACAAAGAAAUCACAGAUAUGUCAAUCAGAACCGUUGCUAAGAUCGUCACUGCUAACGAACAAGCCGAAGGUGUUGGUGCCAGAGUCAGAAGAUCAAUUGGUAUCAUGUCCCAAAGAAACUUUGAUCCAUUCUUGAUGUUUGAUCAUUUCUCUAGUUCUGGUAAGAAUGGUUUCCCAGAGCAUCCACACAGAGGUCAAGAAACUAUUACUUUGGUUUUAAAUGGUGCCAUCGCCCAUGAAGAUUUCACUGGUUCUAAAGGUAUUUUAUACGCUGGUGAUUUGCAAUUCAUGACUGCUGGUAAGGGUGUUGUGCACUCUGAAAUGCCAGUUCCAAAUCCAGAUGGUUCUCCAACUGUUGGUUUACAAUUAUGGGUUGAUUUGCCAAACAACAUGAAAGGUAUUAAACCAAGAUACAGAGAUUUGAGAGAAUGGGAGAUCCCAGAAGUUGUCACCGACAAUGGUAAAGUUACUAUUAAAGUCAUUUCUGGUAGAUCUCAUGGUGUUGAAUCUGUCAAAGAAUUAGCAUACACUCCUGUCAAUUACUAUUACUACAAAGUCAAAGCUGGUGGUAAAUUUAAACAAGAAUUACAAACCGGUUUCAACUAUUGGUUAUAUGUCUUGAAAGGUAAGAACCUUGUAUUGAAUGGUGAUACUAAAGUUGGUCAAUAUCAAAACGCUUUCUUCAACGAAGAAGGUGAUUAUAUUACUGGUGAAAACGGUGCUACCAAAGACUCUAACGAAACUGAAGUUGAAUUUAUCUUAGUUGGUGGUAAGAAAUUAAACCAAGAAGUUGUUCAAUAUGGUCCAUUCGUUGCUAGUUCUAGAGAAAACAUUCAAAAGGCUUUCCAAGAUUACCAAUACGCCAGAAAUGGUUUUGAAAACAUUAAAACAUGGAGAACAUUGAUCAGUGGUGGUGUUACUAAAGAAAUGAUUGAAGGUCCAUUAAAUGGUAACCUCGAGAAGAGAGCUGCUAAGAAGCAAGCAUAUUUGGAAAAACAAGAAAGUAAGAAAAUCGCUGCUGCCGCUGCCGCUGCACCAGCAGAGCCUGAACUUAUAAAGGAUGAAUUAUAG